GUUAGUCUGUUUUGUACGCGGAAUUCAAAUAGGUUCUUAACUGGCGCUUUCCCCCCAUCGCCAUCCACAAGUCUGUUUGCCGCUAAAUUAUUUAUGUGGCACGGUCUACAACACAAUAUCAGAUGAAAAGCAUAGGCUGCAAAAGGAAGAGACCUGUAUCUUGUGAAAAGAGCACGGAAAUGAAGUGCCCACUGUCUGCGGAAUCCCUCGUUUCAGGUUGCACGGAACAACGUGUUACCAAGGCUGUGGAUGAACCAGACCUCAAUUCUUCUCCCCGGAAGAAAUGUGUCAGCGUAUCUAUGAAGUCUUUGCCUUCUCCGGGUGUCACCUCAGUAACGUUUCACUCUGACUCUGUUAAAGGCAAAGAAAACAAAGAAUUUUACACACCAGGAACUCUUAAAAGGAUAGUACCAGAUGAGACAGUGAGGGGUGAUGGGCUAUAUGAUGACAGUGGCUAUCUGUCCCUUCACAACAGCCACAUUGAGUACAGUGAUGUGGACUUCAGAGAGCACUUCUCUCCUUCUAGUGUCGAAAGCACACCAGACAUUAAUGGACUCUCCACAUCCACUCUCCCUAUACUGAGUUUUCAACAGAAAGUGUGUCGCAAGUUGUCAGAAACUUUUAAAAAGAGCCAGAGCUAUGACUGGUCAGUCAUAAACGCGCUGGCAAACAACAGUGGACUCCAGAAUGUCAUUGGUGGGAAAAUGGGUCUGGAAUGUGUCGACAUUCUCAGCACCCUGUUCGAAAAAGACAUGAAGCACAUUCUCACCACGAUUCUGCACCAACUUGGGGAUUCUGACUUAAUUAGUUGUAAAAAAGUGAGCAAAACUUGGGGGGAGAUCAUCUGUCAAGAAAAGUCUGCACUUAAGCGCUGCACAGAAGCUGAGCAGAGAAUAUGGCUGGAGUCAAGACCAACUGGUUCCUUCUCGCGAGACUUUGCCCGAUCCAGGGUGGUGUUGUCGUCUAUGCAGCGCAUAACAUCCACCCCGGUGAGCACUCCCAGCAAGAAGGUGGUCUUGCGAAAAAACGUGACACCGGGUCAAGCUGCCUCCAAGAAAACGAGCCAGUUCCAAAAAUUCCAAGAGGCUGCUAGGACACUGAAGCAGCAUGAGGGGUUGAGGGCCUGCCGACAGUGUAACUCGCCAGCGCGUUACGACAGUGCCAUGAAGCGAGCCGUGUGCACGCGUGCCAGCUGCGCCUACGACUUCUGCACCCUCUGCCUGGCAUCCUUCCACGGCUCCUCCUCCUGCCGCACUGGUGUGCUGGGUAGCACCCCCUCCUCCAGGUCCAGCAGCCCUGCUGCCGCACACCUACCCUGCAGCAAGCAGAGCAGGAGGAACAUCCGCCGACUCUGAAUGGCAAACAAACAACUGCACAAAAGGGAAGGCAGGAGGGCAAGCUGCUUUUAGAUCUCAGGUUUUAUUUUAAAUAAUCGCAACCCAUAGGCUUUUAAAAGAUUGACACUUUUUUACCCUCCAAAUUUCAUGUCUCUCCUUGUUGCCAAAGUCUAUAGACUGAACUGAGCAGUCUUGUGCACCAUUCUUUCAAUGUGACUCUUACAUCUGUAAAUUUUAUAUAUAAAAAGGAAUAUAUUUGUAAAUACAAGAGAGAAUUGAUAUGAAUUUUAUGUAUUCUAAGUCUUUUAUAUGUAUGGUCCUGUCUCAAAUGUAAAUAUUUGACUUGUUUCAAAUAAAAACUUAAUUUUGAAUGCU